CCGUCUGAGCGCGCCCAGCGAGCGUUCAGCGCAAAAGGCAGCAGCGUUAGGGAGCAGUGUCUAGCCUGCGGCAGCGCCAUCCCGCGCCGAGGCCAGCCUGUGCUCCGCCCUCCGGCUCCCUGCCACCGGCGGCCGGGCGCUCCCUGGGUGGGGCGGCGGCCGGUGCAGAUGCGGCGGGCCACGCGGGGCCGCUGCUGCAGCCGGCUGGGCGGUGCGCCCGGGCAGCCUCCACCGCGCGCCGCGUCGCUGUAAUCGGACACCGAGCGCUCGCCCCCGGCGCCCGGCCACUUGCCAUUCACUCCGAGGUGCGGGGUUGAGCGACGUGGAGAAGGGCUCCGGGUGCCGCGGCUCUGCCGCCCGGGAUUCUUCUACAAAGAAACUCAGCACCGGCCGGCCAGAAUCUGACCCUCGGGGCUCUCUAAGUCGUUAAAGGUCUUCUGGGGAAAGGACCCGGGGAACUGAGAAUCCGAGACUGGAGCAAGUGGCUGACUGCUCGUGGAUCUCUGCCCGUCUCGGUAUUUUCUCUUGGAUCUUAAUUUCCAAAUCAGAAGAAAUGGCAUUCCAGACGAUUUCUGUGUUGGUUGGAGUAUUUAUUUGUUCUGUUUGUGUGCAAGGAUCUUCGCAGCCCCAAGCAAGGGUUUAUUUAACAUUUGACGAGCUUCGAGACACCAAGACCUCUGAAUACUUCAGCCUGUCCCAUCACCAGUUAGACUACAGGAUAUUACUAAUGGAUGAGGAUCAAGACCGGAUAUAUGUUGGGAGCAAAGACCAUAUCUUGUCCUUGAAUAUCAACAAUAUCAGUCAAGAACCGUUGAGUGUUUUCUGGCCAGCAUCAACAAUCAAAGUUGAAGAGUGCAAAAUGGCUGGCAAAGAUCCUACACAUGGAUGUGGCAAUUUUGUCCGGGUUAUUCAGACUUUCAACCGUACUCAUCUGUAUGUCUGUGGGAGCGGAGCUUUCAGCCCGGUGUGCACUUACCUGAACCGAGGAAGGAGGUCUGAGGACCAAGUUUUCGUGAUUGACUCUAAGUGUGAAUCUGGAAAAGGACGAUGCUCUUUCAACCCUAAUGUGAACACUGUGUCCGUUAUGAUCAAUGAGGAACUCUUCUCAGGAAUGUACAUAGAUUUCAUGGGAACAGAUGCUGCUAUUUUUCGAAGCUUAACUAAGAGGAAUGCAGUCCGAACUGAUCAGCACAAUUCAAAAUGGCUGAGUGAACCUAUGUUUGUGGAUGCACACGUGAUCCCAGAUGGCACUGAUCCCAAUGAUGCCAAGGUGUAUUUCUUCUUCAAAGAGAAACUGACCGACAACAACAGGAGCACAAAGCAGAUUCAUUCCAUGAUUGCGAGAAUAUGUCCUAAUGACACUGGCGGACAGCGUAGUCUUGUCAACAAGUGGACCACAUUCUUAAAGGCAAGACUUGUGUGCUCAGUCACAGAUGAAGAUGGCCCAGAGACACAUUUUGAUGAAUUAGAGGAUGUGUUUCUGCUGGAAACUGAUAAUCCAAGGACCACCCUCGUGUAUGGCAUCUUUACCACGUCAAGCUCUGUUUUUAAAGGCUCGGCAGUGUGUGUGUAUCAUUUAUCUGAUAUACAGACGGUAUUCAAUGGGCCUUUUGCCCACAAAGAAGGGCCCAAUCACCAGCUGAUAUCCUACCAAGGUAGAAUUCCAUAUCCUCGCCCUGGAACUUGCCCAGGAGGGGCAUUUACACCCAAUAUGAGAACCACCAAGGACUUCCCAGACGAUGUUGUCACUUUUAUUCGGAACCACCCUCUCAUGUACAAUUCCAUCUACCCCAUCCAUAGACGGCCUCUGAUUGUCCGCAUAGGCACUGACUACAAGUAUACAAAGAUAGCUGUGGACCGUGUGAAUGCUGCCGACGGAAGGUACCAUGUCCUGUUUCUGGGGACAGACCGGGGCACCGUGCAGAAGGUCGUGGUCCUUCCCACCAACAGCUCUGCCAGCGGGGAGCUCAUUCUGGAGGAGCUGGAAGUCUUCAAGAACCAUGUUCCCAUAACAACAAUGAAAAUCUCAUCCAAAAAGCAACAGUUGUAUGUGAGCUCCAAUGAGGGAGUUUCCCAGGUGUCUCUGCAUCGCUGCCACAUUUAUGGUACAGCCUGUGCAGACUGCUGCCUGGCCAGGGACCCAUACUGUGCCUGGGAUGGCCACUCGUGUUCCAGAUUCUACCCGACCGGAAAGCGGAGGAGCCGCAGACAGGAUGUGAGGCACGGGAAUCCGCUGACGCAAUGCCGAGGGUUCAAUCUGAAAGCAUACAGAAAUGCAGCUGAAAUUGUUCAGUACGCAGUGAGAAAUAACAGCACGUUCCUGGAGUGUUCUCCCAAGUCCCCACAGGCAUCUGUCAAGUGGCUGCUGCAGAAAGACAAAGACAGGAGGAAAGAGGUUAAGCUGAAUGAGCGCAUUAUAGCCACCUCCCAAGGACUGCUGAUUCGCUCUGUUCAAGAUUCUGACCAAGGGCUGUACCACUGCAUUGCCACUGAGAACACCUUCAAGCAGACCAUAGCCAAGAUUAACUUCAAAGUUCUAGAUUCGGAAAUGGUGGCAGUUGUGACAGACAAGUGGUCCCCAUGGACAUGGGCUGGCUCUGUGAGGGCUCUACCCUUUCAUCCAAAGGACAUCCUGGGGGCAUUCAGCCACUCUGAGAUGCAGCUCAUCAACCAGUACUGCAAGGACACCCGGCAGCAGCAGCAGCUAGGAGAAGAACCACAGAAAAUGAGAGGAGACUAUGGCAAGCUGAAGGCUCUCAUCAACAGCAGGAAAAGCAGGAACAGGAGGAAUCAGCUCCCAGAGUCAUAGAGCGUUCACCCAUGGGGCUUUGCUUCUAGCAACAAAUGCUCUGUCUUCACUGGUCAACUACUGAGCAAAGCCUUGUGCUUUACCCAUGAGAAAUUCCUGACAAAAGCUGGAGACUCGCUCUAACCUGCCUUCUCUGUGACCUGAACUGAGCAUGCAUCUUCUUGUAUGAUACAGACUAGCACUAGACAUGUCAUGGUACUCAUGGUGCAUAGAAAUAUUUAACUUAUCCCAGAUUUUAUUUAUAUCUUUAUGUGUCUUUUCUUCAACAUCUUCAACAGAAGCAGAACUGUUACACCCUCGGAUGAGCUAGGGCCAUAAAUUACCCUGUGCUGUUUCUGCUCUAGGGGUUUAGCUUUCUGAUUUUUAGUGGGUUUUAUAUAUGAAAACAAAUUCCAAUUCACAAUUUUCACAUAGUAAAUGUCAUAUAAAUGCAUGUGACAGAAUCGCCAUCCAAAGUCUCGUAGGUUAGACAAAUGACAGGCAAGAGAGCAUCCAGAUGUUAUAUAAAAGUAAGAGCGACUCAUAAAAAGAAUGUGAUGACUUCAUAUGCUUCCAGUGAAUUAUAAUCUUGCUUGUUCCUUUGUCUAAGAUUGUAAGAUGUGUCAGUUGCUGAUAUCUGCCAUCAAUUUUUCUUCUCUUGCUUCAGAAAGAAAAAACGAAUAACCUGUUCCAUCCAGGCCUUUGAUGGGAGAUAUAUUAGUGAGGCCUUGACGUCUCUACUGUUACUUUAUCAUCUUCCAAACAAAAGCACUUUGUUUUUUUGGAAGUUAUUUAAGUUAUUAUAGAGCUACAUAUACUCUUGCAUAUUUAAUUGAUUUACUGUUUUGAUUUUAAUUUCCUAGCCUACUUAGAAAAUUAAACAAAACAAGAAUGAAACAUUGUAAAAAGCAUCCAAUGUUCCCAGGGAGAGUGAAGCUAUCAGAAAAGAUAAUUAAGAUCAAAGUGUAAAAUGUGCUGUGUAAAGGAAUUUGUAACAUGUAGCCUGUUUUCAAUUUUAGCAAUCAACUUCUGUGAUUAAUUCCUACAUUUGUUUCACAUAUCAUAAUGAUUUUUCAAGCAAAAUAUGGUUUUGUAAUCAUAUGUGUGUGAUGAUGUCAAGAAAGAAAAUUUCAACACAGUAUGAACAAAAUAGACUUUUUAUAAAGAGUAUCUAUUUUGCUCAUUCAUUUUUCCAUUUGAUAAUACUUUUUUAAUAAUGUUGCUACUCAUGUUCAGGGAUCUGUGCAACCAUGGAAAAUUUAAUAUUAAUAAUUAUCUACGUUUGGAUUGUUUUAUGAGGUAAGUAUAAUACUAAAAUUAAUUUUUCCAAUUUAAAAACAAAAUAGGUAAAAUAUGAGAAAUUUUCUCAUUUUCCCUUAAUUAUACAACUCUCAUUUUUAUUUAAUUUCAUAUAAUGUAUGUUUAUAUUUCCAGGGGAAAAAGAAAAAUUUUACAAAACACUAUUGAAACACACUUUUUAUUAAUAAUUCAUAGUAAAGGUAAUAAUAAGGGUAUACCUCUUUUCUUAGUAUUAUAGACAAAACUCCAGGAGGUAAAAUUAUGGGUAGGGGUGUGAGUUGCUGGUAGAUUCCAUGUUUAGUAUGUAUAAGAACCUGGGCUCAGACAGAAAGAAACGAAGGGAGAAAGGGAGGAAGAGAGACAGGUAGGACGGAAGGACAGACAGACAUCAAAGAAGGCAGGAACGAGGAAGAGGGAGGGAAUACAUUCAUUAUCAGAAGAUAAAAAUUUAGUUAAGAGAUAGUAAAUUCUGAUGUUCCAAGAGCCCACUUCAGUGUUGUAAAACCCACAGUUAAAACAAGGCAUAAAUGUCACCCAAAUGUGUAUAGUGCUGCAAUAAUCUAUUGUGUUUUCAUAUGCAAAUUGUUUGCAUGCUUAAAAUGUUCACAUCUUGGUUUUUUCUUAUAUACGCAAAACAUAGCAGUUUGUUUACAGGCGCUGCUAACACCACCCUCUGUGUUUGUCAUCAGUCUAUUUUAUGACCAGGGUAAAAACGACUUCCAAGGCACAGUUUACUUGCUCUCUGUAGAGUCAGCCUGCUAGACAGUGCUGUUUAGUUCUAUGCUAUUAUUUGUCUGAUUUAAUACCUCCUGUUUUUGGCUUUUACCAUAAUUACAUCUUAAAUCCUCCAUUCUUUUCUUUUAAAGAUAUAAAAAUAACUGUCCAACAUAACCCUGCCAAAUGUAAAGUAUAUGAAUUUCUCGAAAACAUACUGCAUAUUGAAUGUGGGUGACUCGUUGGUUUUAUUUUGUGUAUGUGGACAAUUUAACGACGAUAUGUUUUUCUUUUCUGUUGUAUAUAGAAUUACCUAGAGAUGCACUUUUUCCCCCCAGAAUGUAGGUUUGUGAAUAGAUUUAGCAUGAUGAAGCUGUCAUUACAGUGAAUGCUCACCCUUUGUAGAGAAAGCAAA